UCAAAUUAGGAAUCAGAAAUAUAAACACAUCUUUCAAGAACUUGGGGCGGCUAUCUCUCAAUUCUCAAGCAAUAAGGCUGUUUUCUUCAUACAUGUUGUAGUUUCUGUUGGAGAGAAUUUUUCUUUGUUUUCUUUGUUUUGGAUUUUUGGGUGUGUGUGAUCUGAUGGACCGUGGCCCGGAAAUCAUUGUGCCAUUGAUGGACGGCCAUAAGCCCAAGAUCGGGCACAGGCGGGUGGGCCGUAAGAAUUCCGUGAAUUCCAUGACGAGCGAAUUCUUCACGAAGCUGCCUGAGAAGGUGAAAUGUGGGGUUGAUCCAGAGAAGCCUCUGGACUUUGAUCUUUCAAGAACCAAUGGGUUGAUGGGAGGAGAGAAGGAAUACUACGAAAGGCAAUUUGCUACUCUAAGAUCAUUCGAGGAAGUUGAAUCUUUGCAAGCAUCCAGUGGCAUUGAUGAGGAUCAAGACCAUGCAGAGCAACAGCAGCAUGAAUUUGCAAUGAAGAUCUCUAACAUUGCAAAUAUUCUUUUGCUGGCGCUUAAAAUCUAUGCAACGGUAAGGAGUGGAUCCAUAGCUAUUGCUGCUUCAACACUUGAUUCCCUAUUAGAUCUUAUGGCGGGUGGAAUUCUCUGGUUCACGCAUUUGUCGAUGAAGAAUAUAAAUAUCUACAAGUACCCCAUCGGCAAGUUGCGCGUGCAGCCGGUGGGCAUUAUCAUUUUCGCUGCUGUCAUGGCUACUCUAGGCUUUCAAGUCCUGGUCCAAGCUGUGGAGCAACUCGUAAAGAAUGAACCUACAGCCAAGAUGACCACUAAUCAAUUGGUGUGGUUAUAUUCGAUCAUGUUGACUGCUACAGUAGUAAAACUUGCCCUUUGGCUUUAUUGCAGAACCUCAGGAAACAACAUCGUUCGUGCUUAUGCUAAGGACCAUUACUUUGAUGUCGUGACAAAUGUUGUCGGGUUAGCGGCUGCAGUUCUUGGAGAUAAGUUCUACUGGUGGAUUGACCCCAUUGGCGCUAUUAUCCUCGCGCUUUAUACAAUCUGCAAUUGGUCGGGAACCGUUCUGGAAAAUGCAGCUUCUCUGGUAGGACAAUCUGCCCCUCCGGAAAUGUUGCAGAAAUUAACAUACCUUGUCAUAAGGCACCAUCCUCAAAUCAAGCGCGUCGACACCGUUCGAGCCUACACAUUUGGUGUUCUUUAUUUCGUGGAGGUAGACAUCGAACUGCCAGAGGACUUGCCUCUGAAAGAAGCGCAUUCCAUUGGGGAGACUUUGCAAAUAAAGAUCGAGGAGCUACCGGAAGUCGAGCGUGCGUUUGUUCAUCUUGAUUUUGAGUGCGAUCAUAAGCCGGAGCAUUCAGUUCUUAAUAGGCUGCCCAACAGCCAGCCUUGAGCUCUUUGCACCAAAGAGCUUCCCAUCCGACGGUGAGUUGCUGUGUUCGUCUCUCACAUAGAACUGAUUGUAUUUCGACUUUGAAGAUGAUUCGGAUACAUAGGAUUUUCACAUUAAGGUUUGCAUGCAAACGGUCCUGCACACAUGAGAGUUGCACUUGGAGGAGGCUGCGUUUGGACACACUAUCGAAUUGAAUUAUGAAACAUUUGGUUUCAUCAAAGGUGACAAACUAAUGAUGUUUCCUAGCAUUCGUACCAAGGAAUUCCAGUUCACCUUUGCAAGUAACAACAUAAUUGAAAUAUGGAAUCCAGGUCCUCAAUAUGACUGUUAUGGAAGGAAGUUCCAAUUCGGUUCAUACUGGUAAGUGCAGUCCAAUUCUAUUUUGCAACCAAACGCGCCACAAUAUAUUCAGUUUUUAAAGGGCCUGAGCACCUGGCCCUAAAUGAACUUUUGGUUGGGCCGUUAAGAGCGAUGGGUGUGUAGAAAUUUCUUCAUUUUCAUUGGUUAUGAAUUCAUUUGCAGAAUGGUGGAAAAUUCUUCAUUUUCAUUUGAUAUGAGGAAAAAAAAAAAGUUUUGCAGAA